AAGAGAAGCAAUCAUCACCAAGGACAACCCCAAUAGGUGUAAGCCUAAUAGGUAAUGAUAAACUAGAUAGGAUGAAGAAACUGAAGAAACUUUUCCAUUCAUUAAUAUCAGCAAAGAAAUCAGGUCGCCGACGAAAACCAUCACAGAAUGAACCGGUUCAUGAUAAAUUAGUGAUCUACCAAACAAACCAACUAGCUUCUGCUGAUGGAACUUACACGAAUGAAAAAGGCAAAGGAGAUACUUCUAUGUCUAAAACUCUAGAUAUAAACUCCCAGACACCAUGUCACCAGGAUACGAAAGUAAAACAUGAAAGAAAUAUAUUUUCAAUAAAUCUAUCUACCACAGAUGAUGAAAAAAGCAACAGUAAUUCAGCAGAGAAGCAUUCAGAAAGAAAUAUAUUUGCGUCACUUCUCUUAAAAGCAAAUGACACCUCCAAAAUUUUUAAGGAACCAGAAAAAGAUACUAUCAAAGAUACAUCACAAGGAAUUGACAUCUCUGAAAUACAACUCAUGGAUGAAGAAAAUGAUAAUCUCAAAGAUACACCAAAGGGAAAUAACCUCUGUGAAAAACUGAAUGAUGCAGAAAUAGAUACUCUCAAAGAUGGAUCAGAAGAAAAUGACAAUGCUAGCAGUAUAUCACAAGCUACUUUCAAUCGGCUCAAGAAUAACAUUGAGAAGCUCAGAAACAUAUCCCAAGAGAAACACCCUAAAAGAUCACAGGGAAAGUCCAAAAAUAACCCUUUAGAAAAGUCCUCAAC